UUUUUACUUGCAACUUUGUUGUCCCUCCCACCGUUGCCUAGAAACCAACUGUGUGCUUCGUUUCUGUUGCACCACACAGCGCGAAGCGUAAAUAAAUGAUAUGCUUAAAUUACAGACAGUUGGGUGUACACUUUUGUAUUAACAGUUGAUUAACUGGUUAUUAACCCUUUUGUUUUUUUUUUUACAACAGCAAAAAAAAAAAAAAAAAAAAUCGUUUGUUGCUUAGUUUCCCCCGAAUUUGGUAAAUGUUUUCCAGUUGUAGAUCAACAAAUACAUCUUAUAAUUUAUGCCAUCGACUCGUUAUGAAAUCCAGGGACUAAUAUAAUUUUGUUAAUUUUUGUUGUUGAGUCUUAACGAAUAUUCAUUUAGAUAGGCUACAAGAGGGACACGUUUGCAGUUGGGACUCCAUCCCAAAGAGACUGACCAAUAGGAGAGCUGAGCGCGUUACACGCUUAGUAUGUGCAAACAGUGUCAGGAUAAAAGCGCAGAAAUAUAUUAACAGCACGUCUGUUCUGUCACACACCUUGUCUGAAGGGAACAUAUCUUAUAGAAACAGCUAUGUUUUUAAGCCACGUGCUUUUCACUGCGGGAACGCAAAGCGUUUCUGUUAUGCUUUUGCAGCUCCCCUUUCUACUUUUAACUGAGGCAACGGAAUUACCCAGCUGCAAAGAGUCUGAUUACCAUUUUGAGUACACAGACUGUGACGUUUUGGGCUCUCGAUGGAGAGUGGCAAUACCCAACAAGCCAGAGACAUGCACUGGUCUACCUGAUCCAGUCAAAGGCACCCAAUGCACAUUCACCUGUAAUGAAGGCGAAUUUCUGGACAUGAGGACUCAAGAGUGUCAGAAAUGCGUCGCAGGGACCUAUUCUCUUGGGACGGGUGUUGCCUUCGACGAGUGGGACAGUUUGCCCACUGGCUUUAUCAGCCAUGGCAUCAAUAUGAACUUUGGAGACACUUACACAAAUUGCUCGAACUCAACAUGGAUCCCGAAAGGUGACUAUGUUGCCUCUAACACAGAUGAAUGUACUUCAACUCUUUCCUAUGCUGUGAGUUUAAAGAAGCCUGGAUCUGUGUCCUUCCAGUAUUUCUAUCCAGACAGCAACAUGUUUUUUGAGUUUUAUCAGGUUCAGAAUGACCAGUGUCAGUCUACAGACUCUCAACGUCGCUGGAUGAGGAUAUCCGAAAGUGACUGGGAUUAUCAUUAUGUACAGCUGAGCAGUGGUAACAAUGUCUUGUACUGGAAAACAACGGGUUUUACUUUGGCUGCCAACACUGCCAAACCGGUUCUACUGAAGAACAUUGCCAUCUCAGGGGUCUCGUAUACAUCUGAGUGUUUUCACUGUAAGCCUGGUACCUAUAGUGAUAAACCAGGGGCUGCCCAUUGUAUCCCAUGCGCUGCUAAUUCAUACUCUAAUAAGGGAGCCACUGCUUGUCAACCCUGUGAGGCAGACAAAUAUUCAGGGAUUGGUUCUGGAACCUGUCUACAGCGACCCCCCUGCAAGGCGACGGAUUACUUCUAUACUCACACACCAUGUGACUCCAAUGGUCAGACGCAGCUGAUGUACAAGUGGAUCGAGCCCAAGAUCUGCAGUGAGAGUGUGGAGGAGGCAGUGCAGCUCCCAGCCUCAGGGGAGAUGGUGGCCUGUCCUCCAUGCAAUCCAGGAUUCUUCCCCAGCAACACCUCCAACUGUGAACCCUGCUCACAUGGCUUCUAUUCAAACGGGACAGAAUGUUUUGAGUGUCCUGCUGGAACGGAACCAGUCGUGGGCUUUGAGUAUAAAUGGUGGAACAAGAUGCCCAGCAACAUGAAGAGUUCAGUCUUCAGCUCAGAAUACAGCAGCACUGAGAGGAGCACAGGCUGGGAGGUUGCGGGUGAGUACAUCUACACCACACCAAGCGAUCAGGACUCUGAUUACAUGCUGCUGACGCUCACAGUUCCUGGAUACAGCCUGCCUCAUUCCCUGAGUGAAGACAAUGAGAGACUCACGCUUUCCAGUAUAACAUUUGUGUUUGAAACUAAGUGUACAGCUGAUUGUAAACUGUAUUUCAUGGCAGGGCAGAAUGAAAGAAAUAAUAUGGUUGUGGAGAAUUGGUCAGGCACUAUAGGAAAGCAGUCCUACUCUUACCUUAUUAAAAGCAACAACACUGUUAGCUUUACCUGGGGUUUUCAGCGCACUGGGCUCUUUAGCAUGAAAAAUGAAUACAGCUCUGACCUUGCUAAGAUCUACUCUGUUCACCUCACUAAUGUGAUUGGGGGUGUGGCCUCAGAAUGUCGACAGUGUGCUCUGGCUGACACUGACUCGUGCGUGCCCUGCCCUCCAGGACAAUACAUGUUGAACGGCACUGGAGUGUGUAAAAACUGUCCCUCAAAUACCAUCAUCAGGCCUGAGCAGCCAGUAGGAAAGGAAGCCUGCAUACCUUGUGGACCCAAUACUUACAGUAAUAAAGGCCGUUCUGCGUGCAUGAGUGACUGUACAUUAGCACUUCAUCAUAAAGAAGAGACCUUGCAUUAUGAUUUCUCUCCACUGGCAAACGUCACAGGCUUCCAAAGCAGCCCACGCUUCACCAGUAAAGGGCUGCAAUACGUCCACCAUUUCAGUGUGGCACUGUGUGGAACAGAAAACAGGGCUCUUGCAUCCUGUGUUGAGAAUGUGACUGAAAGCAAGAGGGAUGUAAAAGGCUACAUAUGUCAGUCUACUGUGGUGCCUUCUGAGAUCAGGGGUCAAAGCGUUGUGUCCUCUCAGCCCUUCACUAUCGGAGACACUUUAAUUGGAGUGACCACUGAAUCCAAAUUUGAUGACAUCUCGUCAUUGGACGGCAACUUUCCUGUUGAAUCAGAGCUGCCGGAUGUCAUAUUCUACUACAGAUCUAGAGAAACUACACAAGCAUGUAAAAAUGGACGAUCAACCUCCAUUAGGCUCCGAUGUGAUCCCACUAUAACAGGGAAAGACCAUAUUUCCCUACCAAGUAACUGCUCAGAGGGCACCUGUGACGGUUGCUCCUUCCAUUUCCUGUGGCGCUCACAGCAUGCCUGUCCUCUCUGCUCUGAGAGGAACUAUAAGGAGAUUGUGAGUGCUUGUAUCCAAGGAAUUCAGAGGACUACCUAUGUGUGGCAGCAACCUCUAAGGUGCACAGGCGGGGUGUCGCUGCCAUCUCAGCAGAUUAGUGCCUGUGUGACACUGGACUUCUGGCUGAAGUUUGGUGUCUCCAUUGGAACUGUGGCUGCCGUACUGCUCAUUACAAUUAGCUGCUACUUCUGGAAAAGGACACGCAAGCUGCAGUAUAAGUACUCUAAGCUAAUGAUGACUGCAGGAGAUAAGGAGUGUGAACUUCCAGCUGCUGAUAGCUGUGCCAUCAUGGAAGGAGAAGAUGCAGAGGAUGACCUCAUCUACCUCUCCAAAAAAUCUUUCUUCACCAAGAUCAAGUCAUUUUCCAGAGAGAGAACAUCAGAUGGCUUUGAUUCUGUUCCUCUUAAAUCAUCAGCUGCACAGGAGAUGGAGAUGAGCUAGAACUUCUCUGACACAGGGAGAGCCAGCGGGAAAUGUUUGGCCUAUCUUGUGACAUCCUUGACUCUAUAGUUGACAUUAUAACAUCAAUACUGCUUUUCCCAAAGAGACUGAGGGAAGCAAAUGACUCAAAAACAAGUCUGCCUUAUUCAAGAGCACCCUUAUAAACCUGUUUGUUUCCACUGGGUCAUUCAGCAAAACCAAUCUACAUGCAGACCAAAGGCAAAACUGGCAUGAGAAGUUGAUUUUAAAAUACUUUUUUAAAAAUGUGAGUUUUUUCUUUGUCAAGUUUUGAUAAUUGUAUAGGCCUAUAUAGGCCUACACAAAUAUUAUACCAAACACAGAUGAUUUUGAAAGAUGAUGGUGGAAAAUACAUGUUGCGUUUGUUUUACAUGCCAUUCUGUUACAUAUAUCAAAUAUGAUCUUUACUUUUGAGGUCAUCAUGAGUGGCUCAAAAUGUCCCUUAGAAUGAGCUACCACCUGUAUUACAAUACAGUAUAUUCACACUAUUGCAAAGCUCCCCCACGUGCUAUUCUAACUGCCUGAUUUCUGCCAUUGGUGUAACUAAUAGUGUGUGCUAACAGACAAGAAAUGUACGCUUUUACACCAUCUUGCUGAUAACAUUUCUUUGGUCAUUUGGCAGUCCUACAGCCAAUGUAGUGAAUACACCCUGUAAGAGUGUGUUAUUUGUUUUUUAUGCCGUCAUAAAAAAACAUUGUUUUUUAUAUAGAUGUGAAUUUUUGUCAUUGGGAAAUCAAAAUAGCCUAAUAUUAUUAGUCUGUGCUUUUGUUUUUUUGAAUAAAAGUGUUUUCUAUCAAAUGUUGGAUUUCCUACAUCUUGAAGCCUUCUGUGUUACAAAUGGGAACAUCUCAGAAGAAUGAACAAAUAAUGUUUGUGGUCAUCACAUUAAAAAUAA